UUCUAGAUGAUCAUUCUGUACCACAAAUAAUGUCAUCAAACGUUGACCAAGCCCAAAAUGCUUAUCUUCACCCACUUCUCUCGAUGUCAUCUAUGCCACUGAUAUACGACCUGCGCUUCCCGCCUGCAUCUCUCACUUUUCCAUCGUCGUCUCCAUAUGCAGGCUAUGGGUACGAGCUGCUCUUCUUCCCACUCGCCCCAGAGCGGCCUAGACAGAUACGGCUCAUCAGCCCAAACUUUCCCUGGACAUUUGACAUCGGUCCUGACCCUAGUGCCGGAGAAGAAGGUGUGACAUGUCUUGACAUUCUCACUUUCCUCCACGCUGCAUUGCAGCGCCCACUCACGGACACGGAGUGGGGCACCGCUGGACGUGAUAGACGUGCAAGUCUUAUGAGAGCACGUGAUCGUCGCCCAAUGAUUUCCGCAGCACGCACCAGGUCAACAGCGAGGUCUGCACCCGGCGUAUCAGCACUGAAUCCUGUGCAGCGAGAGAGGUUGCUGCUGCGUGUCGAUUGGCUUGGAUCUCGUGUUACGUUUGCGGGGCUUAUCAAAGAUGAAGCAUUUGCAAGGAGCAGACUCAUUCCCGGUGGUGGGGAGCCACCUGAGACUUGGGUGGUGAGGUUUCAGAGGCUAUGAUUUUGAAUGUCCAGAAGAAAGUGUACAAACAUUGUAUUGAUAAUUUGCGAAAUUGACCAGUCUAAGCUGAAUUCAUGUUA